AAUAUAAGAGGUUGAUUCUCAUAUGUUUUACAUGAUUCAUGGUUAGUGGCUGCAGAAAAUAGCGCCUGCGCUCGAUUUAUUCCUUCUCUUGGCAAACCUUGGCUUUUAUCAUAAAAUACAGGUAAAAAAUGGCUACUAUUUUUCGUACACUUCGCCCAUGCCUCAGGAGCUUACGGAGCCAGACCAGGUCAUAUGCCGAUGCUGCUGGAAAUGAGAUGAAGUUUACUUUUGCUGGAGCCAACCAGGUAUUUUAUGAUCAAGCUGCAGUUCGUCAAGUAGAUGUCCCUUCUUUUUCUGGGGCAUUCGGUAUAUUGCCAAAGCAUGUACCAACCUUAGCUGUUCUCAAGCCAGGAGUUGUUACAGUUUACGAAGAAAGUGGUGCAACUAAAAAGGUGUUCGUUUCCUCUGGUACAGUAACCAUCAACGAGGAUUCUAGUGUUCAGAUUCUUGCUGAAGAAGCCCACCCUGUCGACAGCCUUGAUAACAGUGCUGCAAGAGAUAUACUCAGUAAGGCCCAACAGCAACUGUCUUCUGCUUCAUCGGAAAAGGAGAAGGCUGAAGCAGCCAUUGCCAUAGAAGUAGCGGAAGCUCUUGUUCAGGCAUCGCAAUAAUUAGAUUUCUUUACACAAUUAAAUCAUAGAUUCACAUCGCGCUGAAAUCUUAGAACAAAGUAUGUUUUCUGAGAUACAUGCUCUGUAACAGUCUGACCUUGUUAUGUCUCUGUACAAUUAUAUUAUAAAAAUAAAGCAUUAAUUGUAACAA